UAGUGCCUUGUGUAAAUAUGUUGUUUACCACAGUGAACCUGGACACCGUGGAUCAUGUGCUGCUCCAGAGACAGCUGACAGACCGGGGUGCCGCCGUAUGACAGCCAGUGCGCAAGCGCCGCGUGAAGUCGUACGUCAUGCACAUGUGGUUGGAGACAGGGCACGUGCAUGAUCCAGUACACGUUCAGGCACCUGAUAAUGACUGACUGGAGGAGAGGCAGGACCAGCUCUGUCUGCAGCUUUUGCUUCACUGGAAUCUGGUGUUUGUAGUCCCCUUACGCCUCUGCGUCUUCAGAAAUGACCAAAGUAAAGUCCGAAUCGGAGAGUCGGAGCGACGAAGCCGAGGGUCCGGAUGGAGGCUGGGGCUGGGUGCUGCUCGGCGCUCUGUUUAUCAGCACGAGCCUCGUGUUCGGCCUGAUGCGGAGCUUGGGGAUCUUCUUUGUGGAGUUCGUCCAGUACUUUGAGGAAAGCGCUCAGGCUGUCUCCUGGAUCUCAUCCACCGGCUUAGCAGCACAGCAGUUUUUCAGUCCGCUGGGUGCAGCGCUGUGUAAUGCAUAUAAUGCCAGGCUGGUAGUGAUGGCAGGGGGCUUUCUUGCUGGGUUAGGCCUCAUACUGGCCUCGCAAGCCACCUGCCUUGCUCAUCUCUAUCUCACAAUGGGUGUAAUUUCAGGUUUGGGCUGGGGCCUGGUCUUUACUCCCAUGGUGGCCACAGUCAUGGCAAGCUUUACCCGCCGGCGCACCUUGGCUUUGGGACUGGCGUUCUCCAGCAUUGGCCUGUCUUCAUUUGCCUUUAACCCACUCUUCCAGCUGCUGGUGGAGAUGUACACCUGGCGAGGAGCCCUGCUGAUUUUGGGAGGCCUCAGCCUCAACAUUGUGGCCUGCGGGGCGCUCAUACGUCCAAAGCCGCGCUCUGAAGCCCCAGCCAAGGUGGAUCCAGAGAGCAAGUCAUCAUGUGUUGCUCAGCUGCAGCGAGUCUCCAACUACCUGGAGCUGUCCCUGCUCUUCGAGAGGCCUUAUGUCACCUACACCUUAGCUAUCUCUCUUUUAAACGUGGGCUACUUUGUGCCAUAUUUCCAUUUGGUGGCCCAUAGCCGCCAAGCCGGCUUCUCUGAGUACCAAGCUGCUUUUGUCAUGUCCGCUGCAGGAGCUACAGACAUUCUGGGCCGUGUAGUGUCAGGCUGGUUCGCUGACCUGCACCACUUUCGGCUAAUUCAUUUACUAAGCCUGUGGACAGCUCUGGCAGGUGUAUUCAUCAUGCUGCUGCCUGUGAGCUCCUUGUCUGGGUCCUACAUUGCGCUGGUGGUGAUCGGUCUCCUGUAUGGAUUCUGCUCCGGGGCUUUGACCUCUCUGGCAUUCGCGGUGGUGCCUAUGAUUGUGGGCGUGGAGCGCAUGAUGGGGGCCCUCGGGCUGCUGCAGCUCAUUGAAAGCAGUGCAGGACUGCUUGGGACUCCUCUGUCAGGAUUGCUCAAGGACAUCACAGGCAACUACAUGGCCUCCUUCAUGGUAGCGGGUUCUUUCCCCAUCCUCGGCACCUUGACCAUGGCCACCCUGCCUCACUAUUUCUCUUGCACCGACCCACCACCUCCUCAGAGACGUUCCCUUGGUGACAAAGAUAAGGGUUUAAAUUCAGAAUUGGAGCAGAUGAAUACUUUGCCCUCUGACAUAAGCGAUAAAGGGGGUGAAUGAUCGGACGGGUGAAAUAACAUGGUCCAAUAAGCUUCAAGACUGUGUCGGUGAAGGCUUCAGGAGCGUUGUUAAGCUCUUUGGUAAUGAUGGCAAAUUUCUGAAGACGCCAUCAACAGGUAUGCUGUGGCACACGUCUGUGAACGGCCUCACUUUUACCUCAGAGACUCGGACCCAAAGCGAACACUGAAGCGUGCUGUAGCAGCAGAUGGGGAGGGAAGUGAGUUCCUCGCUCUGUUACAUAUCAUAACCUCGGUUUUAUGUUGAAGCCAGUAUCUGCUGCCCGAAAGGAAACUCUGGACUUUUAAAUAUUUAAUUGCAGCUCACACACCUUUGAUCAAGAUAGGAUAAGUGAAAGACAAUGUUUUUUGUUUUUUUUUACAACACACCUUAAGUGCACUUUUAGCUUACAUGGCUAAGAAACAGAAAUUUCUUGGUUGUUGAAGUGAACUGUGAAUCUUAUCCUGUUGCUGGAAGACUUACCAGCAUGUUUAAAUUCUGCACAUACAUGAUUUAUCUUAAAAUUUACACUAUCUUCUCGUUAUAUGGCACAGAUUACAAUUAUCGCUAUAGAUACUGCCCAUCAGUGUGGCUGAACUAAAUGACUGCAGGGCUACGAUUUUUUGUUUCCUGCUGUUUUGUGCGUAUCAUCUCCAAAUGCCUAAUAAAUACACACUUCAGCUACAUAACAUGAUACUUCAUAGGGAUCAGUAACGCUGAUAGAGGGCUGUAUGUCACAUAAUUUGAUAUUUAAAAUUGUAACGAUUAGGGGUGGGAAUCACAGAAUGGUUAAAAUGGGUGAUCAAAAACUAACAAAAACUAAAUGUUGAUAUACCUUUUAUACAAUACAGUCUAAGGUUAUGCAGAAGGACUUGCAGGAAGCAGAUUUUCUGCAAAUCACAUGACCUUAAACUUGCGGUAGGCUCCAGCCUUCCCCACACUGGUCUUAUAUUUUUAUUUGAUGACAGUGCUUUACUGAAUCCUGUGUGUGGAUAUAUCGUUAAAAAAACAGAAUCUCUUGCAACACACAGUGCUGCUCACUGUUAACACUGAUUUAUUAUGAGCCCAGAAAAGCUGCUGGUAUCAACUCCUUGACUCAGGAAUUUCUCUUUCCACCCGUGCAUUGUAAUUCUCGGCAGGAACACAAGACAGUGUUUUUCCAAGUGCAUUUUCUGAUGACACGUUCAGUUUGUUUGCAUAAGCACUUUGUACUUUUGUAAAACAUAAGCAAAGACCGGCUUUGCAGAGCAGUGUGGUUUGGCUUUGAUAACAGCUGGAUGAACACCAUGUUUUCAGUAAAAGCACAGUGACCUGCUGGUAACAGGCAUACAGACGUCAGGGUUGCUGCGAUGCAAAAAGCGUUUGGUCAGUACUUAACAGUGGAGCUUCACUUAUUUGUGAAAGAUGGAAAAAGCUCAUCAGAAAUAUUUUUACUUAAAGAUUUUAAUGCAAAGCUGUGCCCCUCCAAUCCUUAAACUACCACUCAAACUACCUGCAAAAUGUCAGUGAUGUGUUAAAAUGUCAUAUUUUGUACUUAAACUUGAUUAAAAACAAUGUGUUUUGUUUUACUA